AUGCUUAUUAAAUCCUUUAUUCUUUCUAGCUUAGCAGUCCUAAGCUUGGCACUCCGCGAAAAACAUAAUGGCCGUCCAAGUAAGGGUAGCUUCUUAAGAUGCGGCCUUGGAGAGCCACCUAAGGCGCUCAUCGAACAAGCUAGCGCAUUUCAAGUCGCGGAACAAAGCCUCACUUCACAGGACCUAGUCGCAGCUGGGAGUAUUAUCGUCAAAGUAUACUACCACGUUGUCGCAAUUGACGAGAGCCAGGAGAAUGGCUAUGUCCCUGACUACUUAAUCCGUCGACAGCAUGACGUUCUCAACGCUGCCUUCCGCGGCUCGGGGAUGUCUUUUGCCCUCCCAAAGAUUGACUACACUAUCAACCCAGACUGGGCAAUGGGUUCAAACGACACCGAGAUGAAGACGAAGCUCCGAAAGGGAAGGUACCAAGACCUCAACAUAUACAUUACCCAGGCACCAAUGGGAAUGCCCGGAUUGCUCGGUGUGUGCACGUUUCCAACGUAUGGAGCGGAAUGGACCCCAGAGUUUAAGGUAGAUGGCUGCACUGUGCACGCUGAAACGCUGCCCGAGGGCAAGUUCGAAGAGGUCAACCUGGGUUACGUUGUUGUUCACGAGGUUGGCCAUUGGUUUGGUCUUUUGCACACCUUCCAGGGCGGCUGCAUCGAGGGCGAUUUUGUGGAUGACACUCCUGCUCAGGAUCGCCCGAAUUUCGGUUGUCCCAAGCAAGUUCCGGAUACUUGCGUUGGGGACGAUUUUCCAGGCCUGGAUCCCAUUCACAACUAUAUGGACUAUAGCGACGAUGUGUGCAUGAAUUCUUUUACCGUCGGCCAAAUCAACCGCAUGAAGAGCUUCUGGAACCUUUGGCGAAAGGGCAUGUAG